AUGUUUAUUGUAUGUCCACCAUGUGCUAUUGGAGCUACUCAACUUCUUUCUGGUCAUAUGUCAAUUUCCAAUCUAUUCUAUUCAUGGAUACUAAGUUUCAUUUAUUUAUAUUUUUAUAUAGUACAAUUUAAUAUUAAUAAUGAUAUCACCGGUGUUGAAGGAGAUCGUAUUGAUAAACCAUGGCGACCAAUACCAUCAAAUCGUAUUAGUAUACAACGAGCUUGGCAUCUUUAUUAUAUUACAGUUACGAUUUAUCUUGUUUAUUCUUAUUCAAUUGGUCAUUUAUUUCCAUGUUUAAUAUGGACUUUUACAACAAUUAUUCUAAAUUUUACUAGUAUUCAAAAUACAAGUAUUGGAAAGAAUAGUAUGAUUGCUCCAGCUACAUAUGCUAUGGUUAUUGUUAUAUGGUGUUUAAUGAAUAAUGUUUCUAAUAUAUAUGAUCAUCCAAAAAUUCUAUGGAGUAUUAUUUUUAAUUCAUGUAUAACUGCAGCUGUUGCAGUUCAACAAGAUAUGCGAGAUGUUGAAGGUGAUCGUGUUCAAGGAAGACGAACAUUUUCUGUUACAAUGGGUAGUCCAAAAGCAGAACAAUUAAUUGCUAAAAUUAUUUUUUGUUCAUUAUUAUUAAUUCUUAUUGAAGCAAGUCUAGUUGAUCAAGUACGUAUAGUGAGCAAAUCAAUAUAUAUGUUAAUUAAUUGUAUUCUAUAUGGAAUAAUGAUUAUACGAAAUUUAUUUUCAUAUGAUGUACGUAAAACAUAUGAAUUUUAUCAUCAAUUGACUUUCUUUUUUUAUUUAUUUAUGAUACCAAUUAUUGAAACUAAUUGA